GAACCACGACCUCGCUGCAUUGCUUCCGAUGACUGAGGGACUUAGAGCCCCUAGUACUGGCCACCUGGACCUAGCCUGAUUGUUUUUAUUAUUCCCCGACUGUUGGCCUUCUUAGUUGAACUAUACUGCGAGGAAACACCACCAAGUGCGACUGAUGGUCUGCUUAAGCUGGUCGGCGGCACCCCACCGAUACCGGAAGCUGAGGCUGUAAUAGUGUCAUCUGCCCCAAUACACCUGCCACCUGUAUCUGGGGAAGCUUUGUCCAGUCUUCGAAUUCCAGAAUUCGAAUGCCUGACUCGUUCCUCGACCAGCAUCCAGCACUGCAGCUCUCUGAGGCCGCUGCCUCCGAGCUGCGCUGCUGGAUCCAGUACUUAAGGCCCCCAUUCCUGCGUUAACUUCUGUCCCCCAGCACCAAGCACCCUUCAUUCCGCACCCGACAGAUCACAGCAAUGGCUGAAGCACAGGCCGCGAUCAAGACCGCUUCACCUCCGUUCGACAGGCCAGAUGCGGACCUCGUGCUCCGUUCGUGCGACGGCAUAGACUUCCGCGUCUACAAGUCCGUCCUGUCCCUCGUAUCCCCGGUCUUCGAGACGAUGUUCACUCUGCCCCAACCCGGUCCCAAGGUCGGGGCGAGUGAGCCUCCUGUCGUGCAGAUGACAGAAGAUGAGCGGACGCUCUACCUUGUGUUGCAGUUUUGCUACCCGGGGCGUCGACUGGAGUUGAAGGAUCUGACGGACAUGGUUGCCCUACUCGAAUUCGCUGAGAAGCACGACUUCGAGGAGUGGCUAGUUUCCUGCAUCUCGCUGGCGUCGCCCAAACACCUAGAAGCGUCACCUCUUAGGGUGUAUACUCUAGCAUGCCUGUAUCACUUACCUGAGGAAGCUAGAUCGGCAGCCAGAGCGACACUCCAACUCCAGAGGAGAAAGCUGUGGCAUCCAGACAGCCCAAGCGCACUUGAGGGCAUUCCCGCCACCACUUACAUACGACUCCUGCAAUACCACGAGAAUUGCGGGGACUCUGCAGCGAGCCUCGCCGAUACGCAUAUCUUUCUAGAAUUGCCUUCCGGAGCUCUGAGACCGAACUUUCUCACAUGUCAAGGACACUGCGAGUCCCAGAGACGGGUCCGAUCCUGUAAGUCACGAGUAGUGCGGGUGUGCCAGUGGUGGGUAGAAUCCAUCAAAGCACUGAAGGAAAGGUUGCGAGAACAUCCCUGCAGCCAAUCAGCCGUCGACUUCUGCCAUGACAGGUCUCUUCAGGAGUCGGCGGUGAGCUGUGGGGUCUUUGAGUCGGGCAGUGCUCGGGAUCUCCACCUUCUGAGCCUUCAGCUAUCUCAGAAAAUAGACGAUGCUGUGUCGCAAGUGAGUAUUCCAUUUGGCUCUCUUGCCUCUCGAGAUAGAUGA